AUGUCGCCCAUACCGUCGUUUGUGUCUCGCCUACCCCGCCAACUCCAGCGUCUACAUUCUCUCAAACCUGUCACCAGUCUGAUUUCACCCCUCACUUUUAGGCCUGCUCCAACCCAAAAGCCACUACUCCAUCACCUACCUACUUCCUCCUCCUUUCCCACUACCCCACGCACAUACUGCCAAUUGCACCAGGGCCACUCAGGAUUAGGAAUGACAGCUGCUGCAAAGAAGUAUGCUCUCCUCGCGCUAGCCGUGCUGGCUGUCGCCGUGUUUUCUUCUACUCACUGGGCGCCAGCCAAAAUGCAUGUCACAAUGUGCCCCGAACAGGAGCGUGUGCUCCUCCCCCAGAAUGUCAAGGCCACAAAUUAUGACCUGACUCUCGAGCCCAAUUUCGAGACCUUCAAGUUCGACGGAACGGUGGUCAUCGACCUUGACGUCAAGGAUACUUCCAACACCGUGUCGGUCAACGUGCUUGAGAUUGACAUCCACUCCGCGCAGCUCAUCUACGACGGAAGCAAGUACCCCGCCGCUAAGACCGAGCAUGACGAAGAGACCCAGACCACCAAGUUCACCUUCGACAAGGAAAUGACUGCCGGAUCCAAGGCCCAGAUCGAUAUCAAUUUUACUGGAACCCUCAACGAGAACAUGGCUGGUUUCUACAAGUCCACCUACAAGGACGAGAAGACUGGCGAAACCAAGUACAUUGCCACGACCCAGAUGGAACCUGCCGACUGCCGAAAGGCGUUCCCCUCCUUUGAUGAGCCCGGCCUCAAGGCCACCUUUGAUGUCACUCUGAUUGCCGACAAGCACCUUACUUGUCUGUCCAAUAUGGACGUCAAAUCUGAGAAGGAGCUCGACUCCGGAAAGAAGGCUGUCUCUUUCAACAGAACCCCUGUCAUGUCAACCUACCUGAUUGCCUUCAUUGUCGGAGAGUUCAACUAUGUUGAGUCCAACCUGUUCCGAAUCCCCGUCCGAGUCUACACUACUCCCGGUCUCGAGUCUCAGGGCCAGUUCUCCGCUGAUCUCGGUGCCAAGUGCCUCAAGUUCUUCGAGGACACCUUCGAUAUUCCCUUCCCUCUGCCCAAGAUGGAUCAGGUUGCUAUCCACGACUUUGCCGCUGGAGCAAUGGAAAACUGGGGUCUUGUCACUUACCGAGUUGUUGACCUGCUCUUCGACGAGAAGAAGUCCGGCCUGGCCACCAAGCAGCGAGUUGCCGAGGUUGUACAGCAUGAGCUUGCCCACCAGUGGUUUGGAAACCUUGUCACCAUGGACUGGUGGGAGGGUCUCUGGCUCAACGAGGGCUUCGCCACCUGGAUGUCCUACCUUUCCAUGGACCAUUUCUUCCCCGAGUGGAAGAUCUGGGAGUCGUUCUUCGUUGACAACUAUCAGCCCGCCUUCUCUCUGGACGGUCUUCGAUCCUCUCACCCCGUUGAGGUCCCUGUCAAGACUGCUGACGAGAUCAACCAGAUUUUCGACCACAUUUCAUACGCCAAGGGUUCCGCUGUCCUUAAGAUGAUCUCCGACUAUCUCGGUCAGGACGUCUUCCUCCAAGGUGUCUCUAACUACCUCAAGAAACACUCGUACGGCAACACCGUCACCACUGACCUCUGGGAGUCUCUUUCCGAGGCCUCCGGUAAGGACAUUGUCUCUGUCAUGGACACCUGGACCAAGAAAAUUGGUUACCCUGUUCUUACCAUCACUGAAGAUGGUGACAAGAUCCACGUCAAGCAGAACCGGUUCCUCACCACCGGUGAUGUCAAGCCCGAGGAGGACGAGUCCAUUUACCCUUGCUUCCUGUCCAUCCGAUCUGACGCUGGUGUUGAUAAGGCUGCUGCCCUCAAGCAACGAGAGGACACCUACGAACUACCUAAGGGCGGCAAGGAGUUCUACAAGAUCAACGCUGAACAGGUUGGUCUCUACCGAGUUGCCUACCCCAAGGAGCGGAUGACCAAGCUUGCCGAAAAUGGUAAGCAGGGUCUGCUUUCUACCCUCGAUCGAGCCGGUCUUGUUAAUGAUGCCCAGGCUCUUGCCACUGCUGGUUACCAGAGCACCUCCAACCUGCUCACCCUUCUGUCCUCUUGGAACAAGGAGAACGAGUACAUUGUGUGGACCACCCUCGUAGCUGCCAUCUACGGUGUCCGAAACGCCUGGAAGUUUGAGUCUCCCGAGCUUCGGGAUUCUCUCAAGAAGCUUCAGCGAGAGCUUGUUUCCCCCAUGGCCAAGGAGCUUGGCUGGGAGAUCACUGACGCCGACUCUUCCACGACUCAGGCUCUGAAGACCCUUCUCUUCGGUGCUGCUGUCGACGCUGAGGUCCCCGAGGCUGUUGAGCACGCCAAGUCUCUUUUCAAGUCCUACGUACACGAUGGCAACAAGGAAUCCGUCAACCCCAACCUGCGAGGCAACGUCUUUGCCGCGGGUGUCGAGUACGGAACCGAGGCCGACUGGGAGGCUCUUCUCAAGUUGUCUCAGACCACCGACAACAAGGAUGAGGCCAACGCCUGUCUCCGAGCACUUGGUUGCUCUGAGGAUGCUGCCAUCAGAGAGAAAACUCUUGGACUCCUGCUGGACGGCACUGUUCGAGCCCAGGACAUCUAUAUGCCUGUUGGAGGUAUCUUAUCCACCCCUGAGGGUAUCCGAGCUUACUGGAAGUGGAUGACCACCAACUGGGCUGCUCUCUCCAAGAUUGUUCCUCCUGAGGGUAACAUUCUACCCUCCAUGAUUACUCUCGGUGUUCGAGGCUUCACCAAGCCCGAGGAUCUUGCUGCUGUCGAGGAGUUCUUCUCCACCCGAAAACACAAGGGAUACGAGCGAUCUCUGUCUCAGGCCAUUGAUGUUGUCAACUCCAAGAUCAGCUGGCUUGGUCGAGACCGAGAGGACGUCAAACAGUGGCUUUCCGACAACAAGUACCUGUAA